UUCACUGUCCCCAUACAAACUGAUUGAAAACCAUCUCUACGUUCACUAUUUCCUAUCAGAAAUAAAAACAUUACCAUCACGUCCCAUGAAUCACAUAUGAUACAUAGAACUUUUUUUGUACCGUGUUUCCAGCGUCCAUGAAUCAUAUAUGAUUCAAAAUAAGAAAAAUAUGAAAAGUGUUCUACGUUCCUAUACAAAUUGAUUCAAAAUAUUCUCCACGUCCAGCCUUUUUUUUGGUCGAAAGCAUUACGAUUGACUUGAAUAGUGAAAUCGUUUUUUUACCUUUGGCUUUCUUAUAUUGUUGUUAAAAAAAUAGUUUAAUUUUAUGUUCAUAUAUAAUUUAUGGACGUAGUAAGUGUUCAUAGCAUAUCACUACGUCAAACGAAUCAUAUAUGAUUCAUAAAAAAAAUUAUUAUAAGGGAUUAUUACGUUAUAGUUCUUCAUUAGACGUGAUUAUACACUUUAAAAGCAUGUUUUAAAAACACUGCACAUAAAUUAGAUUGAAAUUAUCAGGUCAUCUUUAGGUUUUUUCCUUACAAACAUGAAGAAAAUUAAAAAUAUUUGUAAUAAAGGAGUCACAGGACGUACAUAUAAUAUACCUACAUAAUUUGAAAAUGGACAUGGAAAUUGAGGAUUUCAGUUCUGGAAGUGAAUCAGAUUAUCAACCAACAGAAAUUGAUACUGACACGUCGUAUGAUCUUUCUGAAAAUGAAGAUGAUGAAGAACAAAUUUGUGGCAAUGGAAUCUCACCCGAUGCCACUGAGCUCGUUUGGCAUGAAGAAGUUUUACCAAUUGGCAGAGAGCAAUUUACUGGAAUUUCUGGGAUUCAUCGAAUUGAUGCCAUCACAAAUGAAAAUGGAAAAAUUGAUUUUGUAAAAAUUUUUGAAAAAUUGCUAACAGCGGAUAUUGUCAUGGAAAUGGUUGAACAUACCAAUACAUAUGCCCACAUCUUAAGAUCAUCACGAACGUCUGCAUUUAAUCGAUUACGACGAUGGAAAGAUGUGGAGAUUGAAGUGAUGAAGCAAUUUUUUGGUGUUGUUAUGCUAAUGGGUGUCGUUAACUUGCCGAAAAUUGAGCACUAUUGGAAACUGGACCCAUUAUACAAUUAUCCGCUUAUGCAUAUGAUAAAAAUGUCAUACAAAAGUUUUUCACUAAUAUUGCGUUGCUGGCAUUUUGCUUCUCCUUUGCUUCAAGAAAGGACACAUAAAACAUACAAAAUUGAUCCUCUAAUAAAAAAACUGCUAUCAAACUUCCGGUCAUUGUAUACUCCUGGCGAAAUACUUGUGGUAGAUGAAUCGGUAAUCAAGUUUCACGGUCGACGUUAAACGUACAACCCUUCAAAGUAAGUAUGGCAUAAGAGCCUACAAAAUGUGCACAGUUGAUAGUUAUACGUGGUCGUACGAAAUAUAUCCAAGAGCAUCUUUAGCAAUGGAAGGGUUAGACAAGCCGGGAUCUGUUCUUGUCAGAUUGUGUGAACCCCUUUUAGGUGAGGGACGAAUGAUUGUCACCGACAAUUAUUAUACCAGUUUACCAUUAGCAACGUAUUUAAAAAAUCGCAACACGGACUUAUGUGGAACAAUACGAAAAAAUCGGGCAGAUCUUCCACCACACGUCACUAAGCACAAAUUGAAAAGAAAUGAAAGCAUUGCUCAACAAAAGGAUGGAUGCAUCACGGUGCUGAAAUGGCAUGAUACAAGGAAUGCCCUUAUGCUAUCUACUUGCUAUGGAAAUGAAUCGUCAGCAGUAAGUCUAUGGAAUGGUGAAAAAAUUAAACCAAAUGCCGUAAUAGAUUACAAUGGCGUUAAAAAAGGCAUAGAUAUAGCAGAUCAAUUAGCUGCAUUUCAUUCGCCAUUGCGAAAAACCCUCACGUGGUAUAAAAAAGUUGCUGUAGACCUUUUGUUCCGAGUUGCAGUCAUCAAUGCUAGAUGCAUAUACAACAAAUUAGCAGACGAAGGUCCAAUUUCCAUGUUGCAGGCUCAAGAAAUGCAGUUGAGAGUAUUGCUCGGUUCUUGUGCAUCCGCAACAAAUAUCUCAAGAAUUCCUCCAACAAUAUUACAUCCAAGCCAACAUUUUCUCACGGAACUUCCACGUUCAAAUGGUAAAAUUAUGCGAAAGCGUUGCGCUUUGUGCUAUAAGAACCUGAGGAGAGAUGGUCAUAUAGCUGCCUUGAAAGCAAAACAGGUAAAUACAGAGUGCAAGCAAUGCAAUAAGGCAUUGUGCUUAACAUGUUUUAACUUUAAACAUUAGAGGACUAGUGUCUAAACUUUAAAAAUGUAAAUUGUUAUUGUUAUUUGUUUAAUUUGUAUCCAAUUGUUGUAUUACUUUCUUGUUGUUUUUCAAUUUAUUUGAUCAAAAAAAUAUAAAGAUUCAUUGAUGAAAAAAUGCGUUUUCUUAAACAUUUUUCCAAAUUUUUUUGCAGCUAUGUUAUGGGCUAUAUAUAGCCAACAUAUUUACAUCAAAAUUAUGUCAUUGAGAUGAUAUGAUUCAUGGACGCUGUAAGCACGGUACAAAAAAAAUGUACGUAUCACAUGUGAUUCAUUGGACGUGAUACUGAAGUUUUAUUUUCUAAACAAAUUAUAUGGACGUGGAGAUGUUGCUUGAUCACUUUGUAUGGGGACGUAGAAUAAUUAAUAAAACUUUUGAAUCAUAUGUGAUUCAUGGACGUAGGAAACACGGGACAAAAUGGA